UUUGUGCAGGUGUGUGAGAGGACAGGAGACCUGCUGGUGUGUGACGGACACUGUUAUGGAGCCUUUCACCUGCAAUGUAUUGGUCUGUCAGUUGCUCCCAGGGGAAAAUUCUUUUGUCAUGAAUGCAAAGCAGGUGUCCACACAUGCUUUGUGUGUAAGAAGUCUGGGGGGGUAAAGCGCUGCAUUAUACCACUGUGUGGGAAGUUCUACCAUACCGACUGCAUACUGGCCUACUCCGCAACGCAGCCGCACAACAAAGGCUCCCGCUGCCCUCUGCAUGUUUGUCUGUCCUGCCACAUCACCAACCCCCUCAAUGUCUGCAGCUCCAAGGGUCGACUGGCACGAUGUGUGCGCUGCCCUGUGGCUUAUCACGCCAAUGACAACUGCAUGGCCGCAGGCAGCCUGGUGCUGGCUAACAACAGUUUUCUCUGUCCGAACCACUUCACUCCCCGCAAAGGCUGCAAGAACCACGAACACAUCAACGUCAGCUGGUGCUUCGUCUGCUCUGAAGGGGGCAGUCUGCUGUGCUGUGAAGCCUGUCCUGCUGCUUUCCAUAGGGAGUGUCUGAAUAUGGAGAUGCCCCAGGGCAGCUGGUUCUGCAAUGACUGCAAAUCUGGAAAGAAGCCUCGUAUUAAAGACAUACUGUGGGUCAAAUGGGGACGUUACAGGUGGUGGCCUGCAGAAGUCUGUAUGGCAAAAGAUGUUCCAAAUAACAUCUUGAGGAUGAAACAUGAGGUGGGAGAGUUCCCAGUGCAAUUCUUUGGCUCCAAAGAUUUUGUGUGGACAUACCAGGCCAGAGUCUUCCCUUACAUGGAGGGUGACACUCACAACAUUGAGAAAAUGGGGAAGGGAGCAGAUGCAGUCUACAAAAAUGCCCUGACAGAUGCAGCAGAGAGGUUCAGAGCGCUCCAGGCAGAAAAGGAAAUGCGGCAGCUUCAGGAGGACAGAAAGAAUGACAAGAAACCUCCUCCAUACAGACACAUUAGGGUAAACCGGCCAAUCGGGAAGGUGCAGAUCAUCACGGCUGACCUAUCAGAGAUCCCACGUUGCAACUGUAAGGCCUCCGACGAGAACCCCUGCGGCAUCGACUCGGAGUGCAUCAACCGCAUGCUGAUGUACGAGUGCCAUCCUCAGGUGUGUGCGGCGGGGGAGCGAUGUCAGAACCAGACCUUCACAAAGCGCCAGUACACAACCGUGGAGAUUUUCAGGACGCUGUCCCGUGGCUGGGGUUUACGCGGUGUGUCAGACAUCAAGAAGGGAGCGUUUGUGAGUGAAUAUGUGGGAGAGGUGAUAGAUGAAGAAGAAUGUCGAGCCAGGAUCAGACACGCUCAGGAGAAUGACAUCUGUAACUUCUACAUGCUUACACUGGACAAGGACCGGAUCAUUGAUGCCGGGCCCAAAGGGAACCAGGCUCGCUUCAUGAACCACAGUUGCCAACCAAACUGUGAGACCCAAAAGUGGACUGUGAACGGGGACACCAGGGUGGGGCUGUUUGCUCUACAGGACAUCCCACAAGGUGUGGAGCUGACGUUCAACUACAACCUGGAGUGUCUUGGCAAUGGGAAAACUGCCUGUAAAUGUGGAGCACCCAACUGCAGCGGUUUCCUUGGUGUCAGACCAAAGAACCAGCCGCCAGCAGAGAAGGUGAAGGAGGGACGAAGAAGGGGCAUGAAAAAGAAGACCAAGCAGGAAGUGACCAAGGAAAGAGAAGAUGAGUGCUUCAGCUGUGGCGACGGGGGACAGAUAGUGUCCUGUAAGAAGCCUGGCUGCCCUAAGGUCUAUCAUGCUGACUGUCUCAACUUGGCCAAGAGGCCUGCAGGGCGGUGGGAGUGUCCAUGGCACCAGUGUGACAUCUGUGGAAAAGAGGCAGCUUCGUUCUGUGAGAUGUGUCCCAGCUCUUACUGUAAGGAGCACCGUGAAGGCAUGCUCUUCAUUUCCAAGCUGGACGGCAAGUUGUCCUGCAGCGAGCAUGACCCCUGUGGUCCCGACCCACUAGAGCCAGGGGAGAUUCGUGAAUACGUGCCCAACACGACCUCUGUGAGGCCCGGGGCCAUGGCGGUGCCUGUCACUCCCUCUCUGGCCCCAGACUCCAGACGAGCCAGUUUUUCUUCUUCUGCUGCCACUCCUGUCUCUUCCCCUACUAGCCAGGCUGCACUGGGCAGGCAGGAGCCUCCUCCUCGUCUCUACAUCAACACAAAGACUGCUACCUCCAGCUUCAUCCCUUCCAACAGGGUGUACCUGACAGACAGGACUGAAGGGAAAGCGUCACCUUCCUCCUCCAAGGGGGAGAGAGAGGACGGUGAGGUGGAGGACGGGGAGGUGUGUGGGUUAGAGGUGGAAGACGUGGAUGAUGAUGAUGAUGAUGAUGAUGAUGGUGUUGAUGAUGAUGACGAUGACGAUGAUGAGGAGGCAGAAGAGGAGGAGGACGAAAUGGAGGAGAUGGAGAUAGUGGAAGAUGAGGAGGAGGACGAACCACUGUAUGGAAGUGACCGGCUGGAAGAAGGCGAGGAGGAGAGGGAGGAGGAGGAUGAUGAUGAAGGAGGGGACGUGUUUGACACUUGGGGGGGUUAUGUGGAUGAAGAUGAUGAUGGAGAGGUGGAGGGGGAGGACUUUGAAGAGUGGGGGAGAGUGGAGGACGAUGAUAAAUGACACAGUCCAUCCAUUCCUUUUUAAUUACUUGUAAAAAAACUCUCAGUAAACAUUUCAAGGACAAAGAGUUUGAUAUUUUGGUACCUACUUGAACGCAACACUGCCUUCACUCUGGUACAACCAUGCCUUCUCAUCCACCGCUGGACUCUCGUGUGGAUGUGUACUGGUGCUGAGGCUCGAGGACUGAUCCUGGUCUCUUUAUACUUCUGUUGAUAUGUUUAUUUGUGUCUGGUGCUGUUAUGAUCUUUUAUUCUAUUGUUUACAUUUUUUGCCUUUUUUAAAAAAAUGUUUGAAAUGUAAGAAAAAAGGUGAGAAGUUUUCACCUGACCAAACUGUCACCGUAAGGGCAUCUCAUGUUGUUGUUACUGUCUUCACCAUGUCUCUCUAAUUACAAGUGAUAAAAGAAAUGGAGUUCUCACUGGUUCAUGUUACGGUUAAACAUGACGAUGGCUGUUUGCUGUGUCUGAGGAAUACAGAAAUAAACCCACUGGAGUCAUCGCAACUGAAAUGAUUAUUGUCAAGAUGAUAAUCUUUUCUUCUGUUUUCUUUUAAUUGAUUAACAGAUUCUAUGAAUUCAUCCUUGUUUCUCUCCACACAGGCAGCUCAGGAUCGCAGAGAAAUGAAAUGAUGCCACAAAAUGGCAAAACCCUAAAUAUGCAUCACUAACAUUGGUUUCACACCCAUCACUGCUGUUCCAUUCUCCUAAUUAGAAUAAAAUCAAAGUACUUAUUCACUCUGUAUCCAGUAUUUUCUUCUCUUUACAGUCACACAUGGCAGAAGAUAUCUUGGAGUCAAUGUAUCAUAAACUAAUUACUGUCAUAU